AUGAUGCAAUUACGAGUUGAAGAGAACACCAUGUUGUUUGUACUGAUUUUUUCGCUCCUGGCUGGUUCCUGCUCUGCUAAGGACAACAAACCACCAGACACCAAGGUAACUAUAUAUCAGAUAUUGUCACUACACAUUUUUUUUAUUACAGUUAAAUAACGUUAGUUUAUAGAGAAAACUAGGAAUGACGUAUUAUAUGUGUAAUUUAUCGAAAUCAGUACUACCAAAUUCAAACAAAAAAUUAAGAUGGUAUAAUUACUUGUUCAACCGCGAUCACUAUUUUAAGAAGAGAGAGAACAUUUUCACGUUUUAAACAAUCAAAAUUAACAUUUUUACAAAAACAGCUCUCUACUGGAAAAUAAAUUUCUUUUUACAAAAUCACAAUUGGCGAUUACAUUAAAAAAAAACCCAUUAAAACUUGGACAAUUAUGGAACUACUUCCUGCCUUGGAUUGAAACGCUAGACGACAGGUAAAAUUGUGAAGAGCUUCUUCAGUAGCAGUUUGUCAUUGACGUUUUCUAUUUUUAGGAAGCCUGUUCAAUCUUGUCCAUCUUGUAAUAAUGGUGGACAAACCGGGAUGUGGACAUACAUGACAUGUAUCCCAGGAGCACCUGGUCGAGAUGGAGCCAAAGGAGACCUGGGCAGCCCGGGGAAAACUGGGACCCAGGGAGCACGUGGUGCUGAUGGAAAGAAAGGAGCAAAGGGAGAACCUGGGAUCCAGGGCUCCGCCGGACAAAAAGGACAGCGAGGGGACAAAGGCGACAGUGGAACGACACGACUGGCUUCACACAUGAACUGGAAGGAGUGCGCUUGGAAAAAGGAAUACGGCACAGAUUCAGGACUGAUAUAUGUAAGUGCGGAUCGUCACUUUGUUAACCGAGUUAAAUAAUGCUCUGUUAGCUCAAAGCAAGUAAUUUUCACUAAAACGAUUGAUUGCCUAAAUGCGUUGGUCAGCGGUUAACGAAGAUUAUGGCCGCGUCUUUUGAAGCUACGUGGUAUAGUUUUGUGUUAAAGUGGGGCCAUUUUUAGUUUUACUAUACUGUGCCUUUCUCUAUUCUUAAUUUCUUUGCUAACCUUAUGUACUUGCAGUUUUUUUGUCACAACACCUUGUAUUAUUAAAUUAGUCUAAAUAUAUGCAACUGAGGUAAUAUCUUUUGUGGAAUGGAGUAAAUGAAAAUACAAUACAAAACGGAUGCUGUUUCUUUGUAUCUCGUCUAGAACUGUGACUCUAUGAAGAAAUACGCGGACACUUCCCUCCAUGUCUACUAUGCUGGUAUCCUCAGGAUUCACAACUGUAACAACUGCUGUAGCCGCUGA